CCCAGCCUGGAAGUGAAUGUGAAGCAAAUAUGGCGGCGGCGGCGCUUACGCUGAGGACGCGGGCAGCAGUGACAGCCCUGCUGAGCCCCACAGCACCCACAGCGCUCGCUGUCAGACACGCAUCCAAGAAGACAGGUGGCAGCUCUAAGAACCUUGGUGGGAAAUCACGAGGCAAACACUAUGGCAUCAAGAAAAUGGAAGGUCACUAUGUUCACGCUGGCAACAUCCUUGGCACUCAGCGUCAGUUUAGAUGGCACCCGGGCGCCCAUGUGGGCCUUGGGAGGAACAAGUGCCUGUAUGCCCUGGAGGAGGGGAUAGUCCGCUACACGAAAGACGUCUACGUGCCCAAUCCCAAAAACUCGGAGGCUGUGGAUCUGGUCACUAGUCUGCCCAAGGGUGCUGUGCUCUACAAGACUUUUGUCCACGUGGUUCCUGCCAAACCUGAGGGAACCUUCAAACUAGUGGACAUGCUUUGAAGUCCUGUUGAGACCAUUGCCUGGAGCCCAGGUCACAGGAACAAGUGAUGAUGGAAGUCAAGGGUCCGGGUGAGAACAAAAUCUCCACAGAAGAAGCUGGAAUGAUGGCUCAGCGGUUAAGAGCACCGACUGCUCUUCCAGAGGUCCUGAGUUCAAUUCCCAACAACCAUAUGGUGGCUCACAACCAUCUAUAAUUGGAUGCCCUCUUGUGUGUCUGAAGACAGCAACAGUGUAUGCGUAUACACAAAAUAAAUAAAUAUUUU